CCGCCACGAUGCUCCAGAAGCAGAUACUCGCCUGGGUCUCCCACUACCUGCCAGACCCACGCCAAGCAGAAGAUGACAGACCCUCAGCCACCUGCGCCUUGGAGGAGGGGCUGUCUCCAUGCUACCUGCUAACAGUGAGGGUCAUCCGGAUGAGAAAUGUCCGGCAGGCCGACAUGGUGAGCCAGACAGACUGCUAUGUGAGCCUCUGGCUGCCUACUGCCUCUCACAAGAAGCUGAGGACUAGGACCAUCUCCAACUGCCCAAACCCGGAGUGGAAUGAAAGCUUCAACUUCCAGAUCCAGAGCCAAGUGAAGAAUGUGCUGGAGCUGAGCGUCUGCGAUGAAGAUGCAGUGACACCAGAUGACCAUCUCCUGACAGUUCUCUAUGACCUCACCAAGCUCUGCUUCAGGAAGAAAACCCAUGUGAAGUUCCCACUCAACCCAGAGGGCAUGGAGGAGCUGGAGGUGGAGUUCCUGUUGGAGGAGAGUCCCUCUCCACCCGAGACCCUCAUCACCAACGGCGUGCUGGUGGCUCGACAAGUCUCCCGCCUGGAGGUUCACGCAGAAUCCAGAAGGCAGAGGAAGAGCAGGAGAAGGAAGGACCUCCUGGUAACAGUGACGGAGUCCUUCGAGCACACCCAGCGCAUCCCGCAAUACGUAGAGCCCUGCUGCCCAAACCCCGCCUGCUUCCACUACCCCAAGUAUUUCCAGUCCCAGAUGCAAGCGGACGUGGCCAGAAGACAAUGGAGCUGUGGGCUUUGCUGCUGCGGUGCGCACAGGAAGAAUAGCCCUGUCAGCCAGCCCCUGGAUUGCCUCGCCGAUGGCCAGGCGGUCACUCUGCCUGUGGGAGAGAACUGUGAAUUACACAUGAAGUCUACACCCUGCCCCCAGACAUUGGACGUGCGGUUGGGCUACAGCCUGUGCCCGGAAGAACUGGAGUUCCUGCAGAAGCGGAAUGUGGUGGUGGCUGAGACGCUGAAGCAGGUGCUGCAGCUGGAGGAGGACCUGCAGAUGGAUGAGGUGCCGCUCAUAGCCAUCAUGGCCACAGGGGGUGGAACAAGAUCCAUGACCGCCAUGUAUGGCCACCUGCUGGGGCUGCAGAAGCUGAACCUCCUGAACUGUGCCAGCUACAUCACUGGCCUGUCAGGGGCCACCUGGACCAUGGCUACCUUGUACCGUGACCCUGACUGGUCCUCCAAAAACCUGGAGACUGCCAUCCUUGAGGCCCGGAGGCACGUGGUCAAGGACAAGAUGCCCGCCCUGUUCCCGGACCAGCUCCGCAAAUUCCGGGAGGAGCUCCGGCAGCGCAGCCAGGAAGGCUACAAGGUCAACUUCACAGACUUCUGGGGCCUGCUGAUCGAGGCCUGUCUGGGGGAUGAGAGAAAUGACUGCAAACUGUCAGAGCAGCGUGCUGCUCUGAGCCAUGGCCAGAACCCCCUGCCCAUCUACCUCACCAUCAAUGUCAAGGAUGAUGUAAGCAACCAGGAUUUCAGAGAGUGGUGCGAGUUCUCCCCGUACGAGGUGGGCAUGCAGAAGUACGGGGCCUUCGUCCCCACCGAGCUCUUCGGCUCUGAGUUCUUCAUGGGACGGCUGAUGCGGAGGAUCCCAGAGUCUCGGAUGUGCUACUUGCUAGGUCUGUGGAGCAGCAUCUUCUCCGUGAACCUGCUCGAUGCCUGGAAUUUUGUCAAAUCUUCAGAAGAGUUUUUCCACAGGUGGACAAGGGAGAGAGUGCAAGACAUCGAAGAUGACCCGCUCCUUCCGGAAAUCCCCAAAUGUGAUGCCAAUGCCCUGGACACCUCGGUAGUGAUCCCCGGGUCAUGGCUCUCCAAUACUUUCCGCAACAUCCUCACCUAUCGGUCCUUCGUGUCCGAGUUCCACAACUUCCUGUUGGGGCUGCAACUGCACACCGGCUACCUCCAGAACGGCCAGUUCUCCAAGUGGAAAGACACUGUGCUUGACAGCUUCCCAAACCAGCUGACGGAGACCGUGAACCACUUGUGUCUGCUGGACACUGCGUUCUUUGUCAACUCCAGCUACCCACCCCUCCUCAGGCCGGAGAGAAAAGCCGACCUCAUCAUCCAUCUCAAUUAUUGUGCCGGGUCCCAGACAAAGCCAAUGAAACAAACCUGUGAGUACUGCGCGGUGCAGAACAUCCCCUUCCCCAAAUAUGACAUCAAAGAGGAGGGGAACAGUAACCUCAAGGAAUGCUACCUGAUGGAGAACCCCCAGGAGCCGGAUGCUCCCAUCGUGCUUUUCUUCCCACUCAUCAGCGACACCUUCAAAAAGUACAAGGCCCCAGGUGUGGAGCGAAGCCCGGAGGAGCUGGAGAAGGGCCAGGUUGACAUUUAUGGCCCCAAAACUCCCUACGCCACCAAGGAACUGACAUAUACGGAGGCCGCCUUCGACAAGCUGGUGAAUCUCUGCGAGUACAACAUCCUGAAUAACAAAGACCAGCUCCUCCAGGCCUUGCGGAUGGCAGUGGAGAAGAAGAAACUUCUGAAGAGCCAGCGUCCCUCGGUCCCAGGGAGCUGCGUGGACCCUAUGUCUGCUUCCACCAUCCCAGGCACGGAUCCCAUCAGGGCUGACCAGCCCGCACAGCCAGCUGAGCUCUCUGGCAAGGGCUUUUGGCAGGCUGGCCUGGACCUUCUAUCAAAAAAAUAAAAAGUUGAAAAAGUUAAGAGAGACAGAGAGAGAGAGACAGACCAUAGGAAAAUAACAAGGCAUGUUUUGGGGUUUUAUACCCACUGGAAUUUUUUCAGGGUCCAGUAGCCACAGGCUCCCAUACAUGCUUAGAGUGUAGAGAAUAAAAGCAAUGUCUGAGGAGGAGGCUGGUUACCCAGAAACCUCAGGCUCUGGGCUGGAGCUCAGAGUCCCCCUCCCCCGUCUCUUGCUCCUCCCCGCCUCCUGGAAUGGAGGACCAUGGGGAUGCAAAGAGGACCUGAGAAGCACUCUGGGUUCUCUGGAAAGCACUUUUUAAAAUUUAAGGCAACUAUAUUCUUGUGAAUUUUAUAGGUAAUUAUAUUUUAUUUUUAUUAGUCAGGAUAUUAAUAGGGAGGGUGAUGCUAGAAGAUCUAGAUGGAGCACUAGAGACGACAUCCUGGUCUGUUCAACAACAAAGCCAAACCAGUGACAGGUUUCAGCAGCCCCUCUGUAGCCACUCAGAGCCCCAGGACUGGCGACUCCCAUGAUCCCAGCCGGACAGCCCUCUCUGAGGAUUCAGCUCCAAUGAGAUGCCAGGCAAAGCCCAAGCCUGCAACACAGAUUCAUGGCACAAGAAACUGAGUGCAGCUCAGGGGCGUUGAGGCAGGUGAAUGGAGUCAGGCAUCGGGUGGGCGGUGCUGCCCAGUGCCGUCCACUCCAAGAAGCCAACGCUCGCUGACCAACCUGCUCCGGGAGCGCGUCUCAGCUCUCCUUGCACCCUCCCCGCUGUUUCCCAGACGGGGUUAUUUAUUUCUAAAUGGGAUUCCUCUUAUUUAUCAUGAAAGCACCAUGGCCAGCACAUCCUAGCUCUUUGAGUCACCCUGAGAGAACAAAACUAAGAAAGGACUAGGUUAGCCCCAAAGAAAAAGCCUCCUUGGUGACGGUUUCCAGAUGAAUCGCUGAGAAAGCUCUGGGACACAGAAAUCAAAUCAAAGAAUCCAGGCCUCCCACCAGGCUGGGAACUUAAACAAUGUGGAACCUGAGCCACUGAGAUGCCCAGGUGGGUAGAAGGUGUGAUCAGAAAGGCAUGCGGUCUGCACAAAGCCCUGCAAACCUGGAAGACGUGUCCUCGUUCUGAGUCACCGUGCUCCCUAAGCAAUCCUAUAGUUGUUAGGAGACAAGUGGCGACAGGUACCAAAAGUUUAGAAAAUCUGGCUUCCAGUUUACAUUCUUGCUACUCAAGGUGUGAUGGGGAACUGGUUGGAAAUCCGGAAUCUCCGGCCCUACCCCAGCCACACUGAAUCAAUCUACAUUUUAAGGAGAUUCCCACCUCCUCUCCAUGCCCAGAUGCCCACCCCCAGGUGGUGCCUAUGCAUGUUCAAGUGUGGGAGGUGUGGAUUUAUGCCAAACUUUCCCAACAGCCUGGAAAGCAUAAACAAUGGACCCCCCUGUGCCACUGAUAAACGGGGCUCCUGGACCUGCAAACCCGGUCCCCCUGCCCCUCCCUCCCAUAAUGCUAACCUGUGACGCAGCCCCUUCCCUCCACCACAGCAGCCAGUUGCCUCCUCUUUGACAUCUUUUCCUUCAUCUGCAACAAACAGGCUCUCCUUAAAUUACCGGAGUGAGCCAUCCGGCAAGACCUGUUUGUUGUAAGGUCAAGGUAGGCCUGCCUUGGAUUCAUCAAAGUAGGUAGAGUGAGGUUUCUAAAACCAUUGUAUUAUUUGAACACAGAAUAAAAUGGCCAUGUGGGCAAAUGCUGUUGACUCAACCGCUUUCAUUAUCUGAUGCUAUAAAACAGACGUAACUCCUGCCCUCAUUCCUGCCUGGCCACAGCCAGAGGUGGAAGAAGGACAUUUCCGUCCCAUCCCCCUCACCUGGGCAUCGUCCUUUUCUCCUGCAGGGGCCCCUGCCUCCUUGUGCUGGGGUGCCCCUCUCUUUCUGCAGCCAUGUCAGCCACCAGUGGAGCACCAGCUCUUGCUGACACGUGCUGUCUGAGCCCCGAUGGCUUUCAGGAAGUGCUGAUGGAGAGGAAGGAAGGCAGCAGCGCCAGUUGCACGGUUUCUCCGUGCGUGGUGGUCGCAGCCAGUGAACAGCCUCUACUUUCCAGGGUCUUAGCUUUGGGUUGAGGGGGAAAUCAGCUUUGGGUUGAGGGGGAAAUUUAUACGGAUUUGAGAAUUUGAAUGAAUAGUGACUUCGCUUCUAAAACAAUGCUGGCGGUGUUACAGAGCAGGGAAAUGAGUCAGGCUCCCUCCCCAGGUUCCCUGCUCUCUGCCUGCAAGAUGAUUAAAUAGAAAAGUUAAAUAAAACUCCUCUCUCGCCCAGGGUCCCUCGUGGCUGUCUCCUUUUUCCUUCCCAGGAGAGCGGCCAGCAUACCACACUGCCAUGCAACCCAGUCACCCUGUCCCACAGCAGAUGUGUUCUGCUUCUAUGUCCUCGUGAAAAUACUUCUCCCCAAGGUCACCAGUGUCCUCCCAGUUUCCAGAUACACUGAGUUAUAUGUCGUUCACAGGCCUUAUCUUACUUGAUCUCAGCAUUUGGCACUGCUGACCACUCCCUUCUUCCUGAAACCCUCCCUUCCCAUGACUUCCUUGCCAACAGCAGUUCAAUUCAGUUCUGCUUGCAAAUAUUUAUUGCCUUCCCAUUCUGUGACAGUCACUGUUGUAGGCACUGGGACAAUGAAAAGGAUUAUCAAUUGACCCCACACUUCAAGGAGCUUCCUUCUGGUCCCAAGUAGGAAGCCCACAUGGAAACAGAGUCUUGCAAUGCAAAGAGAAAGUUCCAUGUUAGCUGUAUACCCAAGGGCAUA